AUGGUAGGGUGUGGCCGCCGUUGUGGGUUUUCGAGUAUCGAUCUUUCGUCGGUUUCGUCGUUCGCCCUAACGGAUUCUUCGAAGACGAACACGAAGAUGUACACCCACGCCUUCACCGCCCUCACGCUUCUCAGCGGCCUUGUCAUUGCUGCUCCUACCGCCAACAUCAUACCCCGUCAAGGCAAUGCCUGCUUCAUUGUUGGCAACGAAGUCCUCCCGGGCGAGACGGCCACUGUUGUCCAACAAAUCCAAGACAAGGUCACCUGCGACGCCAACGCAAAGACAAUCGAAAACGUCCCCGACGUGACCUCAGGCGGCCAAACCUUCUCCAAGAUCAACUUCGCUGCCUCUGGUCAAAAACCAAUGGAAUUCGCCACCAGCACCUUCUUCACCGCUGUACCACUUGCCGACUCCAACCUCGAGGCUUUCCAAGACGCGCUCAAUGUUUACCUAGCUACUGAGGCCGGUCUACGCAGCUCGGGAGGCAACUUUGGAAUCAUCAAGGCGCCUAAGUUCUUCCUCGAGAUGCAGAUUUCGAGAAUUCAGACUGCGAGGGGACAGCCGCCUACCGACCCAGCUCAGCAGGUCGACCACUUGAGGGACAAGGUUAUCGAGAACAACAUCAGGGAAGACCAAGCGAUUAUGGAUCAGGUUACUCAGUUGGCUACUCAGCUCUCGUAG